AUGAAGAAGUUCCUCCACGGCCACCCCAAGGUCAUGUCUUCUUUGCAGAAAUGGGCUGGAACUACGAAAGUGACCGUAGCGUCAUUCUACUUGUGGAACGUUGGAUCCGUGGAGCAAAGCUCACAGAAAGGACUUGCUCAAGGUCUACUGUAUCACGUCCUUGAGCAAAACCCCGCCCUUAUUCCUGCCGUACUCCCACACAUGUGGAAAGAAGCUCAAAGCGGUACCGUCGACCUGAAACCUCCCACAGACAUCGAAUUGAAGACGGCAUUCAAGCAACUUGGCGCUGAAGCAACAAACGGAGCUUUCGCUUUCUUCAUUGAUGGUCUGGACGAAUUCACCGGCAACCACGUAGACGGAAUAGAGUUUGUGAAAAGCCUCGCUGCUAGUACCAACAUCAAAGUACUGGUUUCAAGUAGACCGAUCGAUACAUGCGUCGUAAAACUCUCUUCAGCGCCCAAGCUAAGACUACAAGAUCUCACCAAACCAGACAUCGAGAAGUACGUCAAUGAUGUUAUCAGGACGCACCUGUCGGUGGCCGAACACAACUACUUGAGCGAUACAUCAAUUGAGGGUCUUGUGAGCGACAUGCAGAGCAAAGCAGACGGUGUCUUCUUAUGGGUUGUUCUUGCAUGCCGCACGCUGCUCGAAGGGUUUGAGGCAUACGACAGUGCAGAGGAACUCCGAAGCCGCGUUGAUGAGUUACCAGCAGAACUCGAGAGUCUGUUCCGCCACAUACUGAACGGGCUUCCGCCUCGUUUCCUUCAACAAGCCGCGAAACUUUUACGAGUCUGCUACGUCGACCGUUGUCUAAGACCUUCGGGGACUUUAGCGGCCACACCGCUGGCCUGGGCUCACGAGAAUGACAUGCAGAUAGAUGCGCUAGAACAAUUUCCUCCAUUGUCUGACGACGAGAUCGGAAGGAAAUUCACAAUACUGGAGGGUCGCCUACAAAGUCGCUGCAGGGGGCUUCUUGAGACCCAUACGGUUCAUGACGACUACGGUGGCAAUGGGUAUUCGUACUGGACCGUCGGUUUCAUGCAUCGCACUGUGUUUGAAUUCCUCAAUACCCCUGACAUUUGGCAAAUGGACUGUUUGCGCAUCGAUGACGACCGUUUUGAUGUCACUACGGUUCUGGCAUACAUGUCUUGUUAUGAGCUAUGGCUCCAGGAUUCGUUUGCUUCCGCGAGUACAACAUUGUGGCAUAUCAGUCAAGUCGAGCAGAAGUCACCAACAAACCUCUCACGCACGUUGAACAGGCUGGCCUUUGCGAUGAUGCAAUCCAAGGAUGGCUGUAGGGACUUCUUCUUCGUUUCUCAGCAUAACCUAUCUGUGGACGACCUAUCACUUCUACUGGCAUUAGAAUUCGAUCUGCCCACGUUUGUCCAAAACUACGAUGUGCGUGGAUUCAAUACCCGACACAAGCUCGGCAUCAAUCUAUUACAACAUACAUUCGAGAAGACUUUGUUGUAUGUGGAACUUACUUAUGAGAAUUACCUCCCCAUCUCGGCGGUAAGCGUUGCCCACCUCAUCGCUUCUGGGUGUGAUCCUACCGAGAGCAUCGCUUUAUCUGAGCAAGACACGACGACCCCAUGGGAGAUAUGGAUGGAAACCGAACACACAAAUGUCAAAGAGACCGGAGAUCUGGAGAACGCCGAGAUAACUAUGAUGAUGAUUCGCGCAGGUGCUUUAUGCGCCCAUGCCGGUCUUACUCACGCGAAGGACUACCGAGCACGGUUGAUACAGCAAUCCGGCGAGUGGCAAAAGGAUCUGAGCAGGAUGAAGACCGUGCAGGAUCAGGAAAAGAUGAAGGGGGUAUGCAAUGAGAUUAUGCAAGCGGUAGAGGCAAGCUACAGGUCUGAUUCUGAAUGA